AGCACGCCGCAGCUAUCUCUGCUGCCCUUAGGGACAAUAUUCAUGUAUGGCUACGUCAUUGCGCGGCCUGGACGCUGGGCCUGGAUCCUUGAGGCGCUGGAUCCUAAUCUGCUUUGCGGCGCUACUGUUGCUGCCUCCGCGGCCAAACUUAGGUUAUAAUGAGAACUACACCGAACCAGUUUGUGGCACACCCUGGUGGCCAGACAACUUGGAGGAGAGCCACCACUGGCCCUGGGAAGCGAGCCUUCAGAUAGAAGAUAAGCACGUGUGUGGAGGAGCCCUCAUUGAUCGAAGCUGGGUGGUGUCUGCGGCUCACUGCAUCCAGGGCAACAAGGAGUACUCAGUGAUGUUGGGUAGCAGCACCCUCCACCCCAACGGCUCCUCCUGGACCCUGAAGAUUCCCGUGGGUGACAUCAUUAUUCAUCCCAAGUACUGGGGCCGGAACUUCAUCAGAAGCGACAUUGCCCUUCUCUGCCUUGAAACCCCUGUCACUUUCAACAAGUACGUGCAGCCCAUCUGUCUCCCAGAGCACAACUUCAACUUCAAGGUCGGGACGAAGUGCUGGGUGACUGGCUGGGGCCAGGUUAAGCAGCACUCCUCAGCCCAGUUGACACCGGCUCCAGAGCUUUGGGAAGCUGAGGUAUUCAUUAUAGACAACAAGAAUUGUGACAGCAUUUUCCACAAGAAGACCUUGUAUCCCCAAGUUGUCCCCCUUAUCCGGAAGAACAUGAUCUGUACCACCAAUUAUGGGGAGGACUUGUGCUAUGGAGACCCCGGGGGGCCAUUGGCUUGUGAGAUCGAUGGCAGAUGGAUUCUGGCUGGGGUAUUCUCAUGGGAGAAGGCCUGCGCCACAGUACCGAAUCUAAGUGUAUACACCCGUAUCACCAAAUAUACCAUAUGGAUCAAGGACCAAGUGAGCCAUGGGGCGCAGCUGGGGCCCUGCAGGACCUCCUGGCUUCUUCUCCUGCCCUGGCUGCUGCAGCUCCCAGUGAGCCUAUGACUUCCCAUCCCCUCUUCCUCUUCCUGUUUUGCAUGGUGGCCUGUCCAUAUCCCACAGUCAGGGUGGCAACGGAAUGGUCCCUGGAGAACUUGGGUCCUGCUUUGUCAUCCUGGCAGGGAGGGCUGUGGUGGGUUACUGGGCCUCGCUUGACUGACCAGGAGAAGUGGGGGAUUGCUCAGGAGCAGCAUUUUGGAAUUUAAGACCAAGAGCAGAGAUUAAAUUUGUGUUAGCA